UCUUCACCCCGCCGCCGGUACACCAACCACUCUCGUCGCCAUGGAUUUGCCCAAGCGAGUUCUUCCCCAAGGUUCCCCGCGGGGAAGUCCUCAGGCGACGAGGCGCAGGGGCGCGGAGGCGGACGAGAACGCGAGGGAGUGGAGCCGGAGCCCGGGGCGUGCCGUGGUGGAGUGGGCCGCGUCUCCCGAGAGGAAGAAGGUGCUGGGCGAGAGGAACAGCGGAGGCGACGGGAGCGGGGAGGCCGCGUCGCCGGUGCCGACGUCCCGGGCAAAGCCCGCGACGAGCCCGCCGUCGCUCUCUGGUCGCGGCGAGGGGCCGUACGACCCGAAGACGAACUACACCACGCCGCGGCCGGAGUUCCUGAGAUACAACCCCGAGAAGCGCCGGGAGAUCCUCCUCCGGCUGGAGCACGAGGCGGAGGACGAGUCCCCGAGUGUCACCAAUGCCACCUCUGGCACCCCCACAGUCUCGGAAUCAGUGUCCUCGGGAUCGUUGGCGAUAGGUGAAGAAACCGAACUCGAUGAUGCCGACAUCGAGGAGGAGAUCCCGGCUCCUCGAGGUGGACGGCUACGGCGCCUUCUUCUUCUGCUCGUCGGUGUGGCCUGCUCGUUCUGCUACAUAUGCUGUAUGAACUCCUCUCCCUCCCCUGCUUCAGAAAUGGGUCUCAAUUUCGCUGGGCCAACCGGGAGUGUGCAUGAUGAUGCCGUUCAUCAAGUCGAUUCUCUAGGGUUACCAGCACCAAUUGAGAAGUUGGGUUCAGAUAGUCAAACUGCGCACCUGUACAGUGAAAACGCUGUCAAACUGUAUGGUCCCAGUGUUGAUUCUCCUAAAAACUUCAUGGUAAUUGCUGCUAUGGGAUUCGCAGAUGCAUGCCCAAAUGUUCCUUUCGGAGAAUUUGUAUGCGAAAUUGAGGAGAGAACCGUCCAUAAUGUGCAGAACAGCCAUAACUCCAAGGAAGAUUUUGAACUGAGCGAGCAGGCACGUGAAGUGAUAGUUGCACUUGCACCCUUAGAGAGUGCUGUGCAAAGUCGCAAAGUUGCAAGCCUGGAUGGAAAUACCAUUGCAGAUUCCAUUGGUUCCACCUACACUGCUGAUAUGGAAAAAGGCCAGCCAGGAUUAGUUCAUCAAGAGGAAGAGGAUGAUCACUCGAGCCACUCCCCGCAGUUUGCCUCCAUGGAGGAUGCAUCGGAGCUAGAAAACGAGGUACUGGGUCAUGCAGCGGGUUUGGAAAGUGACAGGUUCGAUCAGGCAACAGAGCCACGGGAGGAAUAUGAGAAUACGGCUGAAGCUGCAAAGGCAAUGAUAUAUUUGGUAAAAUCACUGUGGUCUUCAGUGAAACCUCACUUGAUGGAGAUGCUGGCAUUCUUCUCUGUUGCAGCGUUAGCGGUUGCUAUGCUCAAGUAUUUCCAGAGGUCGCCUAAGGGUGCACCAGUGUCGAAACGUGAGCCUGCACAACCCCCAGUUUUUGCUCCAAAUCAAUCUGCAAAACUGCCAGUGUUAUCUUCAUCUCAUCAUGUGCAGCAACCUGUGCAAUUGUCAGCUCGCAAAGAAGAGCCAUCUCUAUAUCACAAUAUUCCUGUGCAGUUUCCAUUGCCGAAGCAGAUUGAUUGCAGGAAUCGUCUUCAGGAAAUUCAACAAGAUGAUGCUAACAAUGCUAGAACUUCAGACAGCUAUACUGUAACCGGUAGAGAAAUUGACAGCUCAAGGCAACCAGUGGUCUCAUUACUUGGUGAGUUCUCACUUGUGGAUGCAAAUAGCUCAAGAGGAAGCUCCCGGAAGGGCUCAAAUGAUCAUGAUUGGGACGUUCCAGUUAAGGAACCAACAGUGUCUUUGGGAAAAGAGGCGGUUAAGAUGCAGAAGGAAUUCAGGACAAUUAAAAGUCCUACUGCUCGAAGAACAAGAAAGGAGGAGAAUUCUGUAAAGGUAGUGAAGAUGGAUGCGGCGCUAACUCCAUUGAGGCGCUCAAGUCGCCUGCUUAACCGGGUGACUUCUCCUUGAGGCAAACAGAUCUGAUACUUACUGUGGAGUGGUCGAAGUGCAGAGUUGCAGCGGGAGACAGCACCCAGCUGUUACCCAAGCAUAGCUUUUCUGCUGUCCUUAGCAAGUUAGUUGAUGUACUACUAGUAAAAGACGGCAGUAACUCGUUUUUAGUCUUCUCAAAAUAUCUGUAUAAUCUGCAUUAGUUAUUCAUGACGUACGCUUUGAUAUUCCUGUACUCGUUGGCUACGGAGUAUGCCGACAGUAAAACCGGUAACUGAUUUAUGUAUCCUGGUUUAAAUAAUUAAGUGCAAAUGAUGUGCUGUGCAAAGUGCAAAGACUU